AUGUACUUUGACGAUACCGGGCUAGCUGUGGUGGGCCAACCAGAAAAUCCAGGUAUAAUUAAUGUAGAUGAAGACUAUGUACAAACGCACUGCAUAUUGGCUGAUGGGGGGGAUAGAUUUGGUGUAUCAGCUUUAGCCUUUGAUAAACAUGAAGAACUGCUCUGGAUGGGAAAUCAGGGGGGUCAUGUAACUUCCUAUCUUGCACCAGGACAAUCAAAAUACACUUCAUUUCAAAUUCAUGCAACUGAAGAAGUUAGACAGAUACUCCCUGUUGAUGAUGGAAUUUUGUGUUUAACAGCGAGCACAUUAAGAUAUCAAAUACGAAGGGGAAUACCUGUAUAUACUCAUAGUAUUCUCGUAGAUUUGGAAAUAAUGGGCGACUAUGAAAAAGAGCAGGCUCAUCUUGUGCGUAUGUGGGAAGAGUGUGAAAAUGAAGACGAAUUUAUUGAUCAAGAUGAUUUAGAGACAGAAGAUAAUAUUGACAAUGUAAGUAUCAACAGCGAUUAUCCCGAUAUGGAACAAGAACCCGACGAAGAGAAUGGAAAUCAGCAAGCUGUUGUAGAAAGUAACACACAAGGUUGUUAUUAUUCCGAAAAGAAUGGAACGAAAUAUAACAAAGAACACAAUAACCGAAAUAUUCUAACAAGAGCAGAAAACUUAUUUACCGGGAGUCAAAAAUCACGCAAAGCAUGCCAAGACACCAAUUGA